GUGCACAGUUCCUAUGGCCAGAUAGAAAGAAUCCGAAACGUAGGACCACGUGCGGAUGGUAGAUACUGUCAAAUUGAACAGGCCUCUGAGAUGGCUCAUAGCGACACCGUUUGGAUGUCAAAUACUGACACAGUCCGAAUCAGAUUUAUUAUUCUUAGAUCAGCUGCUCUUCCGCCAGCAAAUUCAACUUGGGGGUUUGGCCUGAAAUACGCACUCAACCAAUUAGUAUGCGGUGGUCGAAUUCAACUGACCGGUGACGCGACAGGAGAGCAAUCACGUCUCGAGGGUACUCAGAUCUCGUCACCUGACUACCCACAGUCGCAUAAUGGAUCUGUGAACUGUGACUGGAUUGUUCUGGCCCCCAGAGGUCGAGUCAUCCGAUUCGACAUUGUCAGAUCUUCCUUUCAAAUUACAAAGUAA